AUGGUUCAAGUGGCAACAAUUGAUUUUUCUGGAAAAACUAGAAGCUAUCGGGUUCAUGAUAUGAUGCGUGAGGUCAUUCUUUCUAGGUCAGAGGAGUUAAGUUUUUGUUUGGUCUCACUACAGAACUACUCUAGUUUUGACAGAAUAGCCCGACGCCUUUCAAUUCAAAAUAAUGUAAAUACUCCUAUGGAGACAAUUACUAGUUCCCAAACUCGUUCCAUUCUCAUUUUGGGGAUAGAUGAAGUGUCCAUUUCUUUUUUGACUACUUGUUUUGCGAAUUUCAAGCUCUUGAAAGUAAUGGAUUUUGAAGGUGCUUCUAUAGAUUAUAUUCCUAAAGAAGUGGGAAACCUAUUCCAUCUAAAAUAUUUAAGUUUGAGAGAUACAAAAGUUCAAAUGCUUCCGAAGUCCAUAGGUAAAUUGCACAACCUAGAGACUUUGGAUUUGAAACGUUCCCUUGUGUACGAACUACCGGUGGAGAUCAUUGCGCUUCGUAAGUUGAGAUAUCUUGCAGCCUACAUCGAAAACAAUGAUGCUGAAUUUUCUAUUGAUUUUCGACAAUCGAUAAAGGUGCCAAGUGGCAUUGGUCAUUUAGAGUCCUUACAGAAGCUUCAUAAAGUGGAAGCCAACAAUGCUGCCCUUAUUGCAGAACUAGGAAGGUUAAGGCAAUUGAAGAAGUUGGAAAUCUCGAAACUGAAGAGAGAAAAUGGGAUGGCUUUGUGCACUGCUCUCGAGAAAUUGAGCCUCCUUCGUUCAUUGAGAAUUGGUUCAACAAGCGAGGAAGAAGUUCUUGAAUUACAUUUGAUGUCUUCUCCGUUGCCCUUCCUACAAUCGCUCUGCCUAUUUGGGCGACUAGAAAGGUUACCAGAAUGGAUUCCUAGACUUAAGAGUUUAGUUAGAAUUGAUUUAAUCUGGUCAAGAUUAAUGGAUGAUCCAUUAAAAGUCCUUCAAGCUUUGCCUAAUUUGAUGAAUCUUCGACUUUAUGAGGGAUGUAGAUGUGAGCAAUUACAUUUUGAAGGAGGAGGCUUUCAGAAACUCAAGUCAUUAUGGCUUGGAAAUUUGAGAACAUUGAGUAGGUUGAUAAUAGAAGAAAGUGCCAUGCCUCUUCUUGAACAGCUUGUGAUUGGACCUUCCCCAUUGCUGAAGGAGGUGCCCUCUGGCAUCUACCAUCUAAAAAACCUCAAGUCUCUAGAAGCUCUUAAUUUGUCAAACGAAUUUGUGCUUAGUAUGCAACCAGAUGAAGGUCAUGAUUUUUGGAAAGUCAAGCAUGUUCCCUCUGUCAUUUUCAGAUAUAGGAUUCAAGGGGUACACUUCAUAUUCUACAAGCUUGGUGAUCCAGAGUUGUUGGAAAUGCUCAGAGAUAAUUCAUGA